AUGUCAGACACCAAUCGACCUCUGACCAACAGCACGGCUGGCGUCCAGCUCCAGGGCCUGCUCGGGAUCGUGCUGCUGUCCGUUGUGACAACGCUGCCCUGCUGUGCGUUCCUCCUCAUCAACGGAACCAUGUUGUUCACUCUGAGGAGCAAACCGGUGUUCACAGAGACCUCCCGUUAUGUUCUGCUGUCUAACCUGCUGUUGGCAGACACUGUGCAGCUGGCUCACAACCAGUCCAUGUUCCUGCUGUCAGCCUGUGGACUGAAGAUGCUGUACCCGCUGUGCGCCACCCUUUCAGCCCUCUACAGCCUCCCCCACGGCGUCUCCUUCCUCACGCUGAUGCUCAUGUGCAUUGAGAGAUAUGUGGCGGUGUGCCACCCGCUCAGGCACGCCGCCGUCAUCACCCUGAGGAACACCAGCGUGGCCGUCUGUGUGCUCUGGGGCUUUGGGUCUGUGAACUGCCUGAUCCAGCUGGUUCUGAUGCUGAACAUGCACUUUGCAGACGUGCAGUCCAUGCAGAUGUCAGACUACUGCGGCAGGAGCAGCGUGUUUCUGAAUGAGAGCGCCGACCUGUAUGACAAAGCGUCCACCUACUUUCUGUUUGCAUCGGCAGCCGCCGCCGUCUCGUUCUGCUACAUCGGUAUCAGCGUGGCGGCCAGGUCGGCCUCCUCCGACAGAGGUUCAGCGAAGAAGGCUGGCAGAACCCUGCUGCUGCAUCUGCUGCAGCUGGGCCUCAGCAUGUCCUCGCUGAUCCACGGCACGCUGCUCAUCGCUGUGACCCCUCACCUGGAACGGGUUCUGGCCAUAAACAUCCAGGUUUUUCUCUACAUUUGUCUCAUCAUCCUCCCCAAAUGUCUGAGCUCCCUGGUCUAUGGUCUCAGGGACCAGACCAUCCGACCGGUGCUGAUGCUGCAUCUCUGCUGUCGGCACAGACGCUUUUCUGUGAUCUCUGUCAUUCAAACUAACCCCAAAAUGUAA